AUGGAAGAAACGAAGAAGUUUGGUGUCCGGAUUCCGAAACGUAGGCAAAAACCAAGAAGGACUGAAUGGAAUUCCCGGUGUGUCCUUUUCACCUACUUCCAAGGAGACAUCAACAGCAUGGUGGAUGAGCACUUCACCAGGGCUCUGAGAAACCUCAAAAAGCCCCCGGGAUGGAGUUUCUCAAGCCACAGUGAAAAUCUGAUCCUCAGGAAUGCUCAGACAUUCAGUGAGCACCUGAGGCAUAUGUAUGAGAUCUGUAAAGCCAGUCCAGACGGAAACGGCCCCGUUGUCAGAGGCGAGGCUACGUCCAGUCAAAUAGAACAUUCAGGAGAGCUCAAAGAGGUGCCCAUGAAGGUAAAGGGAACCAAUAGCAGCAUGGCCCCAAAUCAGUGGCAUCUCUCUUCUUGGACAAAUCCACGGCCAGAAGCAUCUCCAGCAAAUGACUUCAGCAGCAGCAGCAGCUCAGAUGAAUAUAGUCCUACGGCUAUGGCUCUGCACCCACUGUCCAUGCCCAGUGCUCCCUCUGCACAUAUGCAGGAGUUGUGGCAAGUCUCUUCCCUAGUGAGGCCAGAAUUCCUAGAGCCUACCUUCCCUGUCUUUCCUGACAGGCAUCUGGCUCCAGAAGUCUACUUUGAUGGGUAUCAUGAGUCUCGUCUAUAUUUACUCCACCGGGAUAGAUACCUAAACCAUCCUCUGCAACCUGCUGUCAGGGAGAACUACAACCUUGCCAGGAUUGUCGGAAGCACGGGAUUGCUCCUGAACCUGCCUCCCAGCACAGACUACUGUAAGAAACUGUUUACAGAUACUUGCAAGGUUACUGCGGUUGACAAUAAUAAAAUCUAUGGUCUUGCACCUGCCACUGCCAGUCUUGAUAAUGAAAGAAGCCUGUCUCCAGAGAAUAGACGAGAUCUCUACUUUUAUUAG